UAUUAGACAAAACACCCCCCAUCCAUGAAGUAAGCUGAUAUACAACGAAAACCAGCAAACAUUUCAUUUUCUCCUGCCUUUUAAACCAGUUUCUAGAGCAAAACAAAAGUUUGCUGGUUUCCCUUCUCUUUGAUCACCAGUUUCAUAUCCAUGGAUACUGCAGCUCAAUGGCCACAGGAGAUUGUGGUGAAACCAAUAGAAGAGAUAGUGACAAAUACAUGUCCAAAACCUGCAAGUUUAGAGAGGAGAACAAGGCCGCAAAAGGAACAAGCUUUGAACUGUCCCAGGUGCAAUUCAACCAACACCAAGUUCUGCUAUUACAACAACUACAGUCUAACUCAACCUAGGUACUUUUGCAAGACUUGUCGGAGGUACUGGACUGAAGGCGGUUCCCUUAGAAACAUCCCUGUCGGAGGUGGUUCUAGAAAGAACAAAAGACCAUCAUCAUCUUUUUCAUCACCUUCAUUAUCAUCUUCAUCAAAAAACCCUAAGAUCCAUCAACCCCAAGAUCUCAACCUAGCUUUCAAAACUACCACUCAAGGUUACACAUGUGGUAAUGUUCCUGAAUUGGUUCAAAUCCCUAAUUCUUUCAGUUCUUUCAUUCCCAUGCCAGUUCCAGAUCCAAACACAGUAUAUACAUCUGGGUUAAUUCCCAUGCAAGAUUUCAAGCCAAUCUUAAAUUUCUCCUUGGAUGGGCUUGGGAGUGGUCAUUAUGGGAGUCUUCAAGGGGUUCAAGAAACAACAACUGGGAGGUUUUUGUUUCCAUUUGAAGAUCUGAAACAAGUCCCAAACACAACUGAUACUGACCAAAAUAAAGAACAAGGAGAUUCAACUGGAUACUGGACUGGAAUGUUAGGUGGAGGAUCAUGGUAAACUACAAGAUCAAAAGUAAAAAUGGGUCCUUUUUUUUCUUCUUUUUCUUGGCUUUUCUUUGUAACCUUUUUUAUUAUUAUUAAUUUGUUAAGGUGGGGUGACUUGUUUGGAUUUCUUCAUUACUAACAGAUAGGAAUACAUGGGUUUCUCUCUCUCUC